UCUCAAAAUGCGUCGUGCUCUUGAAGCUCUGCACGGAAGAGAUAAUUUAUAAAAUUUAAAACUCAUUUAGAAUAGAGUGGAGGGAUUUUUCUCAUAAAUGGUGAUUUGUCAAAACCGUAAAACUGUCUAACAUUGGGGAUAAGGAACGUGGUCGGGCCAGCAUGCCGGAACCUGUGAAUCACCAGGUGAAUGCAGCUCGCAAAACGUUCCAGAUCUUGUACCAAAUAUCCAAACUAUUAAACACAAAUUUAGACCAAGCCACGCUUAGUAUAUGCGUGCGACUGUUGGAAAGUGGAGUAAACCCACAAGCAUUGGCUGCUGUAGUAAGAGAACUACAAAGAGAAGUCAAGGCACUAAAUGAAGCACAGGUAGAAUCUAUUGACAGCAAAACCAGUGUAAUUAAAUAAGAAAUUAUGAUAAGGAGAAUUUGCCAUUCACAAUAUUGUACCUUAGUACCUAAAGUAUUAGUUUGCUUGUGUAAUAUUAAUGAUUGUUAAAUAAAUUUUGAUAACUGUUUA